GGUCAUUCUUUCUUUGUAUGCUGUCUCUUUUUACUAUUACUUUGACCUUUCCUUCUCCCCAAAAUUCAUUUGAACCAAACUCUUUUUAAAGUGCUUCAAUUGUUGGUUUCUUGUCAUUGAUUGAUUAAGUAACUAUAGUUCUUAACCAUUUUCACUGAUGAACAUGUUGAAAACUGAUUCUAGUAUGAGAGGACCCAAUUCACCGGUUUUACCUUUCAAAAGCAGGAACACAUAUUGUAAGGUUCAACAAACAGCUGCGAGACUUGAUGUUCGCGUCCAGUUGAGCAGCUCAACGGCGGUAAAAGAUUGGAAAUCGGUUGAGGACGUACGAAGUCUGCAAUUCAUCACCGCCGUUAAGACUCCGUACAUACCUAGUGGAAAAAUAGAUCUUGAAGCAUAUGAUAACUUGGUGAACAUACAGAUUGCAAAUGGUGUUGAAGGUAUUCUUGUUGCUGGUUCAACUGGGGAAGGCCAAUUAAUGACAUGGGAUGAACAAAUAAUGCUCAUUGCUCACACAGUUAAUUGUUUCGGCGACAAAGUUAAAGUUAUUGGUAAUGCAGGAAGCAACUGCACAAAAGAAGCGAUAAACGCAACUGAGCGAGGCUUCGCUGUUGGAAUGGAUGCUGCACUUCAUAUAAACCCUUACUAUGGAAAAACCUCAAAUGCAGGUUUGGUUGCUCAUUAUAAUAGUUUGCUUCCUAUAGGCCCUAUCAUCAUAUACAAUGUACCUUCAAGGAGUGGUCAAGAUAUUCCUCCUAGUGUAAUUGAAAUAUUGGCUAAACAUCCAAAUUUUGUUGGUGUGAAAGAGUGUGUGGGAACUGAGAGGGUGAAAAUGUACACAGAUAAAGGAAUUGUUGUGUGGGGAAUUGAUAACUUAAGCCAUGAAGCUAGAUGGGAUUGUGGGGCUGUUGGAGUUCAAUCUGUUGCAAGCAAUUUGGUUCCAGGUUUAGUGAGGGAACUCAUGUUUGGGGGUAAGAAUCCUACAUUGAAUUCAAAGCUUAUGACUUUGUUUGAUUGGCUUUUUAUAGAGCCAAGCCCAAUUGCUUUGAACACUGCUCUUGCUCAACUUGGGGUUAUCAAGCCUGUUUUUAGGCUGCCAUAUGUACCUCUGACUUUGGAACAAAGGAUAGGGUUUGUGAAUUUGGUGAAGGAAAUGGGCAGGCAACAUUUCAUUGGAGAAAAAGAUGUUCAAGUUCUUGAGGAUGAUGAUUUUAUCAUAGUUGGUCGAUAUUAAUUUAGAUUGUCUUUCAUGUCUUAUUUUAUGUUACUCUGUAUUGGUUUUCUUCUUUGAAAGCCGACACGGAUACUAGAGACGUUUUCAAUUGCUUUUAUAUCCUUGAUAAGGGGGAUACUACGUGUUUUUGUUUUCAAUCUGAAGUGUCAAUGUUACAAUAGCUUUUAUAUCCUUCGUAAGGGUCGCCACCAAUUACGCUAGAUUUUAUAUCCUUCAUAAGAGUUGCAAAAGCUUAAAAACCAGAUCAUGUAAUAGUGUCACUCAAUUCUGUAAUAGAUGCAUAUGCAUUUUGUGUGAAAA